UGUUGUUUUAAAAUAAAGAUCGAAUUGGUGUUUGGACAUGGAAAGCCGGCAAGAGACUUUUUCCAGUCAAUGCAAACAACAGAACAAGAACAAGCGGUCCCAUCUCUCAAUAUCACUCUCUGAAAUUUCUCAAAAAGCAUCGGUGUCAGUUUUUUCAAUUAUAUGAACAAGGGUCAGUGCGAAAUCGUUAAUCAAUCUAUUUUCAUACGCGGGUCAAAUCAUCUCCUUAAGAUUUUUAAAUAUUGUUUGCAAGAAAACGAGUCUGCAGCAACAUCGGUGCAGAUGGUGGAAGAAGACCACAACCAUUAGAUUUCACACUCAAGAAAAAAACCCUACCCUUUUUUUAAACUUUGUCUUUGACAUCUUUUGGUUAAGCCGCAGCUGCUGGUAGUCGUAGAUUGGAAAUCUUUUAUCUGAUUGAGCUGUUCAGAACCAGACGGAAUUGUUCUAAUAGAGCACGACCCAAUUGAGUUUUCUACUUUUCAAGCUGCUUAAUCGAUAAUGAUUUUGAACAACUUUCCUUCAUCACAAUAUGGGCGGGGACUUUCAAUUCAGUCUUGUUUUCCUGAGAUCAAAUCUGUAGCCAAUUCAUCUUGCAAAUCUUCUGGGGAAGAUGAUGCAAGCUUAGGCAUAUUUUCUGACGACAACUUGAGCCUCAGAGAUGCCUUUGGCCUAGCAACAUUUGAUCAUGGCCAUUAUGAAACUACCGUCAAUUUUGCUUCUGACAUUCAACUCUCUCAACUGCAACCACAUCAUGAAGAUGAACCUGUAACAACUCCAGUAGACUUCCUGGAAGUUCAAGGAUUUGACGCCCAUGCCGUUUUGGAUCCUUCAAUUUGGCCCUUUAAUGAAUCAAGCGAUCGAAUUCCUUCUAUUUCGGCAGAACCAAACACUCAAGCUGCAGACGCUGAAGAUGUACAAAGGAAUUGCUUUACUGCUUUUGUUCCUCUGCAUAAUGCAGCGCUUAAAGGUGAUUGGAAAGUUGCAAGAGAGUUUUUGAUUUUGAAUCCACAAGCAGUAUGUGCCAGGAUCACAAGAAACAUGGAGACUGCUCUGCACAUAGCUGCAGGAGCUAGACAUACAACAUUUGUGCAGGAGCUUGUAAACAUCAUGACACCUGAAGACCUGGCACUGCAGAACAAGGUUGGCAAUACAGCUCUCUGCUUUGCUGCCAUCUCUGGAAUCAAAAAGAUUGCGGAGGUAAUGGUUGAUAAGAACAAAAGGUUGUCAUUGAUUCGUGGCAGCAAGGGAGCUACACCUUUGUGUAUGGCUGCUUUGUUAGGCCACAGAGAAAUGGUCUGGUAUCUUUAUUCUGUGACCCAGCAAGAGUAUCUAAAUGAAGAAGAUCGCAUUGAGCUUCUUGUUGCAGUCAUCAAUGCAGGCAUCUAUGAUUUGGCUUUGGACUUGAUUAAAAAACAUCCUGAAUUGGCUGUAGCUCGAGAUGGGAAAAGAGAGACGGCUCUUCAUGUAUUGGCUCGGAAGCCUUCAGCAUUUGUAAGAGGAAGUCAGCUUGGACUUUGGCGGAGGUGCAUAUACGCUUUUCCACGUUUCAGGGCAAUCCUUGAAAAUAAACUGAUGCAUCUUCAAGCACUUGAAUUGGUGAAGCAACUUUGGGAGCAGGUGUUAUUGCUAGAUGACUAUAAGAUUGGAGAAUUGAUUCGAAAACCUUCUCGAUUGUUGUUUACAGCUGCAGAGAUGGGAAAUGUUGAAUUCAUAAAAAUAUUAAUUCGAAUGUAUCCGGACCUUAUUUGGAAAGUCGAUGAUCAUAGUCGAAGCAUAUUUCAUAUUGCAGUGAUGCAUCGUCAGGAAAACAUUUUUAAUCUGAUUCAUGAGAUUGGUGCUCAUAAAGAUCUGAUAGCCGCUUAUGAAGAUGAAUAUAAGGAUAACAUGUUGCAUUUGGCCGGAAAACUUGCCCCGCCAGAUAGACUCAAAAUUGAUUCGGGUGCAGCUCUGCAACUUAGACGAGAGUUGCAUUGGUUCAAGAAAGUCGAGCAGGUUGUUCAACCGUCUUACAGAGAAACAAAAAAUUCAGAGGGUCGGACACCUCAAAUGUUGUUUUCAGAGGAGCAUAGAAGACUUGUACGAGAAGGGGAAAAAUGGAUGAAAGACACCGCAUCUUCAUGUAUGGUUGUUUCAACUCUUAUUGCCACAGUGAUGUUUGCUGCAGCCUUCACUGUUCCAGGUGGCAAUGACAAUGUUACAGGCAGGCCUAUUUUUCUACAUCAGAGAUCAUUUUUGGUUUUUGCCAUAUCAGAUGCAUUGGCACUAUUUUGCUCUGCAACUUCAAUAUUAAUGUUCCUCUCCAUUCUGACCUCGCGCUAUGCUGAAGAAGAUUUCCUGCAUUCAUUACCAAACAGGCUGAUCACAGGACUUGCAGCUCUGUUCAUCUCAAUAGCCACCAUGAUGGCGGCAUUUGGAGCCACUCUUUUCAUUGUUCUCAGUGAUGAAUUAGCUUGGAUAGCAAUUCCAAUAGCUACCGCUGCUUGUAUUCCUGCGACCCUGUUUGCUCUGCUCCAAUUCCCUCUUCUUUCUGAUAUGAUUAAUCAUCUGUACAAUUCUAGUAUUUUUUCUAGUCCAGAUCAGAAAAGAACACACUCAACAAGCCAUUAGCAUCUUUUGUUUUUCUAGCUUGUGCUGUUUGUAUGGACUAAGAUUUCAACCUAUUUAUACUUAUAUAUAAUAUUUUAUAUUGGCUGAUCAUAAAUAAUAUAAUAUAAUUCGUUGGUUUC